AUGAAGACCACUUGGAAGGACAUUGCCCCGGUGCCCACCUCCCAGGAAUUCCUGGACAUUGUUCUGAGCCGGACCCAGAGGCGCCUCCCUACCCAGAUUCGUGCCGGCUUCAAAAUCACUAGGAUCCGAGCUUUCUACACCCGCAAAGUGAAGUACACGGCCGAGACCUUCACCGAGAAAAUCCAGGCCAUUCUCGAGGGUUUCCCCAAGCUCCAGGACAUCCAUCCCUUCCACAAGGAUCUCCUCAACACCCUCUACGAUGCCGACCAUUUCCGCAUUGCCUUGGGUCAGCUCUCGACCGCGAAACACUUGAUUGAGACCGUGGCGAGGGACUACGUGCGUCUGCUGAAGUAUGGCCAGUCGCUCUUUCAGUGCAAGCAGCUCAAGCGCGCUGCCUUGGGUCGCAUGGCCACCAUCUGCAAGCGUCUGAAGGAUCCCCUUCUCUAUCUCGAGCAGGUGCGCCAGCAUCUUGGUCGUUUGCCCGCCAUUGACCCCAACACCCGGACACUCGUCAUCUGCGGCUACCCCAAUGUCGGAAAGUCGAGUUUCUUGAGGAACGUGUCUCGCGCCGAUGUCGAUGUGCAGCCCUAUGCUUUCACCACCAAGAGCUUGUUUGUUGGCCACUUCGACCACAAAAUGUUGCGAUUCCAAGCCAUUGAUACCCCCGGUAUCCUCGACCACCCCCUCGAGGAGAUGAACACCAUCGAGAUGCAGAGUAUCACCGCCAUCGCCCAUCUUCGGUCUGCCAUCAUGUACUUCAUGGAUCUCAGUGAGCAGUGCGGCUACAGUGUCACGGCCCAGAUCCAGCUUUUCCACAGCAUCAAGCCCUUGUUCAACGGCAAAUUGGUCUUCGUCGUCAUCAACAAGACCGAUCUUAUGAAGCCUGAGGACCUGGAUCCGGAGACGCAGGAGAGCCUUCAGGGCAUGCUCAAGUCGGGCGAGGUAGAGUUGCUGCAGCUUUCUUGCAACACGACGGAGAAUGUCAUGGCUGUCCGUGGCGCCGUCUGCGACAGGCUUCUGGCGCAACGUAACGCCGAGAAGUUGAAGGCCGGCACCAACGCUUCCGGCGACGUCACUGGCCGUCUCGGCGAAGUCCUCAAGAGAAUCCACGUCGCCGUCCCCAUGGAUGGCAUGACGCGCGAAACCUUCAUCCCGGAAGCUGUCAAGAAUAAGAUGAAGUAUGACCCGUCCGACCCCAACCGCAAGAAGCUGCAGCGCGAGAUUGAGGAGGAAAACGGCGGCGCCGGUGUAUACAACAUCAACCUCAAGGAGAACUACUUGCUGGACAACGACGAGUGGAAGAACGACAAGGUUCCCGAGAUUUUCAACGGAAAGAACGUCUACGACUUCAUCGAUCCCGAAAUUGAGGCCAAGCUCGCCGCGCUUGAGGCCGAAGAGGAGCAGAUGGAGGCCGAUGGCCGCUAUCAAAGCGACUCUGAUAUCGAGGAUGCUGAAGAGGCCGACAUCCGCAACAAGGCCGACUUGAUCCGCGAGAAGCAGGCGAUCCUCAAGAACGAGUCCCGCAUGAAGAAGAGCCUGAAGAACCGCGCCCAGAUUCCCCGCACCGCAAAGGCCAAGAAGCUCUCGCAGAUGGAAGCCCACCUGGAAAGUCUUGGCCACGACACCAGCUCGCUUGCUGCGCGCGCACGCUCGCAGUCUCGCGGCAGGAGCCACGUCCGUGGCCGCUCCGAAGGCGACGACGGUGACGCCAUGGACGUCGACAGGCCGCAGCCCAGCGCCAUCGAGCGCGCCAAGAGCCGUGCGCGCAGCCAGAGCACCAACCGUCGCGAUGACGGUGUUACGAACGAGGCGGCGCGCACGAAGGCGGAGCGCAUGGCCAAGCUUGGACAGAAGAAGAUGAACCGCAUGGCCAGACAGGGUGAAGCCGACAGGCACACGACCGCAUCGCUCAACAAGCAUUUGCUUGCGGGCAAGAGAGGCAUGGGCAGCACGAGGAGUCGUUAA